AUGUCCUCAAUAAAGCAAGAUUCUUAUUUUUCUUAUAAAAUUCCUCAAUUUAAACCAUUAAUUGAUUUAGAAGGUUUGAAUAGUCCCGAAAGAUUACAAAAAAAUUUGCUAUCGCCAGCUUUUCAAAUCUUUCGUUUUAAUAACUUUCUUGAUAUUUUAUCAGAGCAUCAAACUAAUGAUCCAACUAAUUUUGCUAAAAUUAGACACCAUUCCUUAAUGAAAUUUAUACAGCGUCAUGUAAGGACUAAAUAUUUGAAGGAACAGAAUUAUGAUUUCAAUCAAACGGAAGAUAUCAGAUCUUAUGAAGCCUUGUUAGCUUAUGAAUUAUUGUCUUGCCGCUCAUUUCUUCGUCGUUUAAUCCAUUUGGAAUCAAAAGCAUCUUCUAAACAUACUAUUGUCAACUGUGAAGAAUUGGUUCAAGUGAAUUUUGUCAAUUAUAUAAGAUACAUUCUUAACUUACCGAACUUGGAAGAUUUAGCAACGAAACCUGAUGAUUUGGAUGAUAUUACAAAAAAUCACUAUAGAAUUAAGGAAAUUUUUAACACAAUCCAAGCUGGUCUUUAUCAUUUGAAAAGAGAAGAUAGUGGUGAUGAAAUGACAAAUUCAUCAACUAUUGUUCAUCUUUUAUUACAAUCCAUAACUAAAGUUUCCUAUGAAUAUAUUUUACUCGAAAAGUAUCAUAUUCAUAUCAUUACUAAAUUGAAAAAUAAUUCUUUACUAGAAAGUCGAAUUACAAAAAAAUUAUUCAAUUUGUUCCAUUUACAUUUAACUUUGAAAAAAUAUGAAUCUAUUAAAGUUUUGAAUUAUAAUAUUCAUUUUAGUGCCCAAUUUCUGUGGUUUUUAUCAAUAACAAUUCCUUUCAUUAGAGUAUUUGAAUCCAAUAUAUAUGCCGAAGAUGAGAAAUUGAUCAACAAUUAUGAGGCUUAUUAUAAUCAUCAGCAAAAUUUACCCCAACUGGAAAUUACUUCUUUCAAAGAAUCAGAUGCAGAAUUAUUUGAAACUUUCUAUAAACAUCUCAACUUUAAGAAUGAUUAUAACUAUUACCGUGGACUCAAAUCCAAACAUUUAGUUAAUUUACACCGUCAAAUUGAUGAUAAAUCUCCAAGAUACGCACAUACUAAAAUCGCCGAACCUCUGACUACUUAUAGCCAUAAACCUAUAAAUUUUGAAUACUAUUCAAAAUCUUUAUCAACAAUAGAACUGGAAACUUUUUAUGCUAUCCAUAGUGCCGAUCCAGUCUUACAAUUCACUCCACUGAACUAUAAAAUUGUCUUGAGAGAAUUUUAUCGUAUUUUGAAGGUAGGUGGAGUAUUGGAACUACCCAUCUAUAAACUUGCUCUUAAUGAUAUCAGGGAUAUAAGUAAAUUGCAAAAUGAAGCAGCCAAAGAUUUUGCUAGUCAAAAUACUGAUGAAAAUAAAACCAUUAAUCCAUCGGACUAUUUGGAUGUUGAUCUAUUGAUCAAAUUUAAUUUGAUUCCUAAAUUCACCAGAACUUUAUUAAAAGAACUCAACGUUGUCUUCGGAACAAAGAACUUAAAAUACACUGUGCUUCUUUUGAACUCGGCUACUGAAGUAAAUCGUUAUCUUGUCAGGCAUGUGGCCUUAACUAUGAAUGAAAUAUUUGGACAAACUGACAAGUUUGCCGAGAAAUACGGUCUCGAUGAUACUAAGCUGGAAGCUAUAAGUGAUGGGGUUCAUUACUACUAUUACAUCAAGGCCGAAAAAACUGAAUCUUGA